AUGCCUGGAUCGUUACCUUACCAGUUACGAUUUUGUGGUGAAAAAAUCGAGAAAAGGCAUGAAUGCCUGGCAACGGAGGUCAAUGCAGUUCAAGGACGAAUGGAAGGAGCAGAAGAGAAGGUAAUGAAAGACGUAUGCACUGGGAUGGUGAAAGUUCGGGUUAGGGACGAAUGUGUGGUGAUUGGAAAGACAAUGGAAUAG